UCUUCUUCGUCAAGACACCGUCACAACAGCACUGGCGCUUCGUCCUCGUCCCAUCGAUUCAGCAGCAAGGGGAACAAGAACGGUCUGUGUUGGGCAAACGGACCGUACGUCGACGUUGGCAAGUUCAAGAAAUCAAUGAGCUGGCUCUACAGCUGGUCUGCCUCCAUGCCGCUGAAGGACGGCAAGUGGUGGCUCCCGGACGACAUUCAGUACUUCCCAAUGUUGUGGGGCAAGGAGAGGAAGCGGAUCGCCGAAUGGAAGAAACAUGUGUUGAAUGACCGCCAUGCCCGGCAAAACAAGGCCAAAGUUGCCAUGGGACCGAACGAAGUGAAUCAAGUCGGCCAAGGCAAGAUGACGCCUGCAGAAGCAUGCGACUUGUACCGCAAAUACAUCAUCCCGCUCAAGGACGAAGACGGCUGGUACCUCAUCGGACCGUCGACAACCAGCGCGCCGGACGGCAAGAAGUGGACGAAAGAGUUCAAAAAGAGUUGCCCCGACGUGUAUCGCAAGAUUGACGCCGAUGCUGUGCACUACUAUGGCACCAACCCAGACACCGCGAUCAAGUACAUCAAAGAUUGGCACCAGACGUUUGGAAAGGACAUUUGGAUCACCGAGAUCGGGUGCAUGAACUUUGAUGGCUCUGGCCCGCCGACUCUUGGGCAGGCGUAUGAUUUCCUCAAGCGUACUUCCAACUUUGCCGAUGAUGCAGACUAUGUCAAGGGAUAUGCAUAUUAUGCCGUACUAGAGAAGCUGAACAUCAACCCCGUCAACCGCUUGUCCACCGUCACGGGCAACCCGACGGACCUCUUUAAG